CCUAUGACGCGCAGGCCAAGCAUCUCUGCCGACGAUCCGCGAGGCGUGACACCGAUCUAAGCCUCCUGCUUGGCGGGAGUCCUCGACACUGCUCCGGAAACACAAGUGAAAAUGCUUGCUUUCCAAGGUUGUUCUCCUCCUUCACAUUACCUACUCUCACCAGUGCAUAGUACGAGUAAAACCUUGGCCCAGGCUUUGAACCUGAAGAUAGUGAAUUUCUGUACUGUCCAACCCCAUCUCCCGAGUCUUGCAGCAAUGGCGACAAGCACACCCAGGCAGACUACGAAACAGGAAGAGAGAAGGCAGGCCCAGGUCACCGGACUGUACAACCCAGCUCUGGGAACGCAUGAAUUGGGGUACGUCGGCCCACACAGAACAUCAGCACAGAACACAAAGCUUUCGCUACAGGACUCUCGCGCAACGUCUACCGAGCCUGCAGACGCCGCUUCUUCGAAAUAUCCGCAGCCCGCAACAGUAUCCAAUGCAACUUUAGACCCUGCAUCUGAAGGUCACCAACAAUGCGGUGUUGUCGCGAGGUCAGACCAUCUCUUCGCACGCAUACUAUGGAGCCACUGGACUCAACGAUUCCUGGGCGUGCUUACUAUCCUAAUCUGGCAGUGGGCAGUGCAUGGUUGGCGGCCGUGGUUUUGGGUCAGGACUCGCGAGGAGCAGGAGAGGUGGUGUCGUAGCUCUUGGUUUGAGAAGCUGAUAUCAUAAACGCUACGCGUAUGUACUUGAUGCGGACAGGCUGUCCAAACCUAGACAUUGGCGACAGAAACGCAAGAAUUGCUUUCUAUCCUUGCCAAUGUCUACCUACUAUUAGGAGCCUAGGUAUUGUCGGACUUGAGUGACUGUCUCUUUUGGGAGUUGUCUGAGACGUCUACUGCAGUGCUUAAUAAGGGCGACAAUACUUGAUUCAGUUCGGCCGGUCCAUGUCCUACUGUUACUCGGGGGAGUCACUGCGAGC